AUGUAUGAGGAUCUCUGUUUUAGUGUUUGUGUUGUUUUUCACAUGUACCUGGUAGCAUUCUCCGCAGCCAGCGUCCUAUACUGCAACGAUGAGAAGCUUACAUGGAAAGAUGCAAUGACAUCAUGCAUAAACUCAGGAGGAACACCAGUGGGAAAGAACAUCCACGAGUCUUCAAAAGUUCAAAUGCAAAAUCAAACCUACUGGACAUCUGACUUUAUCACAAAGACGGUUCUUACAUCAGGUGCUGCGCUCAAUGUCACCGGUCAUCUGUGUGGGUACAAAGUCUUUCACUGGCCCAAUGGUUUCUGCAAGGAAAAGUUUGCAAAUUGUUCGUUCGAGUUCAAAUACAUUUGUUGUCCAGAAGGGAGGACGCCAUUACACGAAUGUAUACAAGCUGGGACAUGGGAAAAGGCUUUGUUUUCUUGCAAUCACACCUUUUCGGAGCCAGUUUUUGGGUCGGGCAUAUUUAACGGUCGAUAUUGGACAAAAACGGCAGUUGAGCUAACUCUACACGAGACACCAGGGAUGCACGAAUGGUUGUACACAGUACCCGACAUUUACCAGUGUGGCACCAUUGGAAUAGAGGGUGUAUUUCAUUAUACAGAUUAUUGCAACAGGACUCUGCCUUCAUAUUGCAGCUUUGAUAGAUAUGAAGAGAAUAUUUCUCAUAUGCGAGUUUGUGGCUCUCCCAUAUCAGCGUUUGGAAAAACUUCGACAAAGACGCAGAGUUCAUACAUGACAGUACCAUCCACUUCACCAACAAUAAUAGCAUCAAAAACAUCACAAAGGACAACACAGCAAAGUUCUGCAACAAGAAACUUUUUUGAAGGUACAUAA